CUACCAGGCGGUAGCAACUUUAAUACGGAUAAAUCAAUAUCUCUGUCAAUUUACCAGAUUUCCAACAAUGGAAUUUUUAUGCCUGGAUUUGCUGAUUUUUGAAUUUUAUAAAUUUCAGGGGCAUCAGACUACGCGAAAAUCAACAUCCUUUCGAAUCUUGAUGCUUGCAAGUUUUCAUUGUUUGCAAUUCCUGUAAUGUUGGGGGCGUUAGGAAUUUUUAGACCCUGCAUGCCACCCUCAAUUGCAAACGCGGUUCUCCUUCAAUGUCGGGAUGGGUGGAGUGACCAGGACGCCGCAUUAUGGUUUCGGCUUAUCAAUGGCUUUAUGCAGGGGUAUGUCUGGUUCUCGGUGCCAGCAGUUAUGGUGGUUACGAUCAGUCGACUUAUGCUGUAUCCUUCAGUGAUGGUGGAGUUGUGGAUCAAGAUGAUUGAAGGGCAACUGGCCCAUUACAAAUACGCAAUUCAUGGAUUAUCCGCUUUUCGUGUCGCACAAGUAUUUCAAAACCUGGUCAACUCUGUCAUGGGGAAGCCUCUCAUCACCAUUUUCGUCUCCUUGUCCAUCAUGUGUCAAAUAAUUUCACUUUACGUGAUCAUAACGUCCUGGGAAAAAAUAAGUUUUGGCGUGUCUGCAUUUUUCUACUUGAUGGGAAUCGAUUUCUUUGUAGUAAUUCAUAUCACGUUGCAUUCUCUGAGUAAAUCAUACGUUGUGACUGUAAAGUUUGCAAAAAAUAUGACAAGUCUGCGGUCACAAAAUGCAUGGUUUAAGAAAUUUUUGAGGUCCUGUCCUCCCUUAAAAGUGGGGAUGGGAGAUGGCAAGUUUUUCGACGGGUUGACAUCAUUCAUUAUUUGGCAGUUUUGUGUGGACAGGUUGAUUAACAUGUUGCUCCUGGAUAAAUAAAUUGUUUUUUGAAAUGUGUCAUUUUAAAUUAGACAUUUUUGUUGUCAAUUUUUUUGAGAAUUUGAAUAAAUAUGAACUUUCAUGGAGAAAUGUAUGUAUAACAAAGCUUA